AUGAAGUCAUUUGUCAGCUCCGUCGUCGGUAACUUCAAAGUUGGAAGCAACGCAAAUCAAUUCAGUGUGGUCAAUUUUGCGUACUCUUCUAGAGAGAUAUUUCCACUCAACAGAUAUCACACAGUGUCUGGUCUUCAAUCUGCCAUAUCUUCCAUUUCUUUUUCCAGCGGCGGGACAAGCAUAGGAAGUGCCUUUGAUUAUGCCCGGAUGUACUCUUUUAGUUCCGCCAGAGGAGCAAGAAAUGAUUCGGCAAGAAUUGCUGUUCUAAUUACCGAUGGACAAAGUUCCCUUUCCAACCAGCCCGAACAACUAAAAGCAAUUGGGGUCACGAUAUUUUGUGUCGGGGUAGGAACUGGAAUAAAUUCUGCUGUGCUCAGAUGA